UUUGAAGGAAUAUUAACUCAAUAUUAACUCAUUACGGUUUACAUUUUCGAGUUUAAAAGUUCUCCGAAAUUACAAUGAAAAAGGAAACAAGAAAAAUUACCACUCCAGCCGAUAAGAAAGAUUCAGGAGAUCAAGAUUGUAAGAGCAGGACUGCUAAAAGAAAGGCCAGUCCUGAAAAGAAGACCCCAAUAAAAAGGAGGAGGGUCGCUGAGCAGGCUGGUCCUUCCACCAGCUCAGAUGUGGUCAAAGGAGUGAAGCGCAAGGUUGUGCAAGAUGAAGAGGGCACAACAAAGAAAGCAAAGAAGGCUAAACUUCUCGACCAUAUGAGCGGUGACAAGGAGCAAGCAUCCUCCUUGUUGGACUCUGGUAAAGACUUGAAUAACAAACAGGUGUGCGCAAAAAAAUGGCAAAAGAAAGGCCGCGGGGAGACAACAGAGAGUCACCCAAGAAAAAAAAAAAAGGAAUGUGGACCAGGACAAAAAUCAGUGGCAGACCAAAACGUAACCAGAUAUGUGGAGGAGCACCAGCUCGGAGAAGGAGGCUGCGGAGCAGUGUUUGCUGGCUACCGGAUAGAAGAUCGUUUUCCAGUUGCCAUCAAACACAUUCCCAAAAAUAAAGUCUACUGCAAAGUGGCGGAUGAAAGCGGGAAGAAGCUCUCAGUGGAAGUGGCCAUUAUGGUUAAACUUGCAGGUGAAGCAGAAGGGUCAGUGGGAAUAUCUGCACCUGUGUCCUUGCUGGAGUGGUUCGACCUUGGCAAAGAGCUGAUCCUGGUGCUGGAGAGACCUGUCCCCGCUGUGGACCUGCAAAAAUACAAAGCAGAAAAUGGAAGAACUUUAACAGAGGACAAGGCCAAGGUCAUUCUGAAGCAACUAGUUGAUGCUGUAAAGGAGCUUGAGGAUAAACACAUCUUUCAUCGGGACAUCAAGGGACAAAACAUUCUGAUUGAGACCGGCUCAGAUGUGCCUCGUGUUCGCAUCAUUGACUUUGGACUGAGCUGCUUUGUUAAACAGCGAUCUCUGUAUCGCAUCUUCUAUGGCACUCCUCUUCACAUCCCUCCCGAGUGGUACAUUAGGAGCUGCUACAGGUGUGGACCCACCACGGUGUGGCAAAUGGGAGUGGUGUUGUAUGAAGCGCUUCAUGCACGAUACUUUAGUACCGCGAGGUUCCUCACAAAGAAACUGAGCAUCAAAAAGCGUCUGUCCACAGGUAAGAAAACUUCACACUUCCAGAUUCACUGAUGCCUUGGAUCAC